AUGUCGGCAGCGGCGAUGGCGAGGGCAGUAUCAGGCCUCGCGUACCCGGAGCGAUUCUAUGCGGCGUCGACCUACGCCGGAUUCGGUGGAUCCCCAAAUUCUGCUGCCAAAGGCGUCCGCUCCAAGUUCUCGAACGACGUCGCUCUCCUCCUCUACGCACUCUACCAGCAAGCAACUGUGGGGCCUUGUGACAUUCCUAAGCCUAGAGGCUGGAGUCCCAUUGAACAAAGCAAAUGGACCAGCUGGAAUGGACUUGGAAACAUCGCUUCCACAGAGGCAAUGCGUCUCUUUGUUAAAAUAUUGGAGGAAGAAGAUCCAGGAUGGUAUUCAAGAACCUCAAACUCUGUUGUGGAGCCUGUUGUAGAUGUUGAAGUGAAUCAUCAUUCAAAAGUUGAGACUGUCACAGAGAAUGAAAAUUCUUUUCCUGAGACUAAGACUAUUCCCGCGGAAAAUGGCUACAUUUCAGAAACUCAGGAUAAAGAUGUUGUGUCUGAAGGUCUUGGUGUAGUUAGUGUAUAUGACCAGUGGGUUGCACCCCCUGUAUCCGGCACUCGUCCAAAAGGCCGUUAUGAGCAUGGAGCUGCAGUUAUAGAUGAUAAGAUGUAUGUAUUUGGCGGAAACCACAAUGGACGCUACUUAAACGAUCUCCAGGUUCUGGACUUGAGAAGUUGGAUGUGGUCUAAAGUUGAAGUUCAAGCAGGAACUGAAGGUGCAAUAACUCCAUGUGCUGGCCAUUCCUUGAUACCAUGGGACGGGAAUAAGCUUCUUUCAAUAGCUGGACAUACAAAGGAUCCUUCUGAAACUUUACAAGUGAAGGUGUUUGAUCUGCAAACUCGUACCUGGUCAACCUUGAAGACUUAUGGAAAGCCACCGGUUUCUCGUGGAGGGCAGUCAGUGACCACUGUGGGCUCAACCCUAGUCAUAUUUGGUGGACAAGAUGCAAAGAGAUCCCUUUUGAAUGAUUUGCAUAUUUUGGACUUGGAAACCAUGACGUGGGACGAAAUGGACACACUGGGAGUGCCUCCUUCUCCAAGGUCUGAUCAUGCUGCUGCAGUACAUGCAGAACGUUACCUUCUUAUCUUUGGCGGGGGUUCACAUGCAACCUGCUUCAAUGAUCUUCACGUUCUUGAUCUGCAAACCAUGGAAUGGUCCAGGCCCACUCAACAGGGUGAGAUACCAAGUCCUCGUGCUGGUCACGCCGGUGUCACAGUUGGAGAGAAUUGGUUCCUUGUCGGUGGUGGUGACAAUAAGAGCGGUGUCUCUGAAAAUGUUGUCCUUAACAUGUCCACACUGGUCUGGUCAGUUGUAACUACAGUUCAAGGACACAUUCCUCUUGCUAGUGAGGGCUCAAGUUUGGUCCUGAGUUCCUUUAAUGGUGAAGAUAUCCUGGUUUCUUUUGGAGGAUAUAAUGGGCGGUACAAUAAUGAGGUCAAUGUACUUAAACCAAGUCAUAAAUCAACUUUUAAAUCAAAGAUGAUGGAGUCACAAGUACCUGAUAGUGUUUUAGCCGUUCAAAAUGCUACAAAUGCUACCAGAGAUGUGGAGUCAAUAGGCCAAGAAGGAAAAAUUAGGGAAAUUGUUAUGGACAAUGUUGAUUCAGAGCCAAUGAUCAACAAGGUUGAAGAAACCAAUGAGCGUCUCUUAGCAGCCCUCAAGGGAGAAAAGGAAGAACUAGUAUCGUCUCUCAGUAAGGAGAAAAUGCAAACCCUCCAGCUAAAGCAAGAGUUGAUGGAAGCUGAGAAUCGCAACACAGACCUGUACAAGGAACUCCAAUCUGUACGAAGCCAGCUUGCCUCUGAGCAGUCCAGAUGUUUCAAACUUGAGGUUGACGUUGCAGAGAUGCGACAGAAGCUACAAACAAUGGAGAUCUUACAAAAGGAACUUGAACUCCUCCAGCGACAGAAUGCCGCUUCUGAACAAGCUGCCCUAAGUGCAAAACAGAGACAGAGCUCAGGCGGCAUGUGGGGGUGGCUUGCUGGAACUCCUAACCAGCAUGUUGAUGAUGAUGAUUGA